AUGCUUUUAGUGUUAGACAUCGCUUUGGAGUAGAGUUGUCCUAUAGCCCGUGGGCAACCGUCCCACCACAAGAACACCGCUGAGCCGCACACAGAGUUUUUCAAUUGCGCGCUGAAUGAACUAAAGCUCCAUCUACACUAUUUUUAGUUGUCACAUUGACAAUUUUUAAUCUUAAGUGUAGAUGGGUCGGCAAUUUUUAUGUGGUAACUUUAGUUGGUCAAGAGCUAGCAGGUUUGCUUUUUCUCGGCAAUUAAAAAUUGUCACACAUGACAAAUUGCUAGUGUAGAUGCCAAAAAUAUACAUGUCAACUAAAAAAUGUUAGUGUUAAUAGUGCGCGCGCACUCAAGGCACGCGCGACGAUCACGAAAAAUAGACGUUAUUUUUCAGCCAGAUUAACGAGACGUGUGAACUGAUAACAAAACGCCUUCAGUGCUCUUAAAGAGGCUUUGAAGCUCAAAUAUGAUCAAGUAGAUUCUAAAUAUAUCUCUUUUUUACGGAAUGUAGGAUCUUUAGUAGCAUAUAUUAGUUCAAAAAAAUCAAAGAUGAGACUGGGAGGUCUGGUUGCUGGCUUUACACUGUCGUCUUUGGCGGUUAUGAUGUGCGACGAGAAUGAACUCGCUCAACGGUCUGCAGAUUCUUGGAAAAUGUUGUACGCUACUGUUGCAGAAGACGUCUGCCUGAAUUGGCUUGCUUGGGCCACCAAUGCCGUUGUUGCUUGUUAUGUGAUAAUGUGCGCCACGAGAUACGUCCCUGAAAGUAAUGAAAAGGGAACAAAGCAACCUGACGAUGAACCGACAGAAAAAGAAGUUACCAACUCAAAUAUGUUCAAGUUUAUUGCUGUCGGCUCGAGAACUGCUUCACAGCUGACUGACCAGGUAUCAGCGGGCAAGCAUAAAAGCGCAUGCGUGCCACAUGCUCGUGGCGAUAAAGACACAGUCUUGUCAUGUGUGGAUGACAAUUUUGUCUCUAAUGGAACUGAGGCACAGUGGCAGCCUUCUUCAGAUAAUAAUCGCUUGAUAGAUGAUGAAGUAACCAUCAGCAGACAAAAGAUCAAGAAGUUUGUCAGAUUUGUUACUGAAGAAGAAACAGAUGAAGUACUUCACUCAAAAUCAGCUUAUGAUGAAGAAUCAUCGGAAAACAUCAUCUGGGAGGUCGAUACAGAGCAUUUGUCGUCACAGAUGGACGAGAAAGACAAUGUCAAGGAUUCACACGGACAGAGUAAUCUGGUUGAUAGGGAAAUGAACGCUCUCUGCACCGCUAAAAAAGUCCGCUCUCAAGAGGUCGAGGACAUUGCGAGGCAAGAAAGCGAGGAGCGUACAACCAGGGAUGAUUAUCCUGAGGUGGUAUCCGAUGGACGCGAAGGUGGUAGAGCCAGUCUUCCGGCGCCUAAAGAACAAGUCACCUCGAAUGAUGUCAUUGACUCAUUUCCGACAGAAGGAGGAUACUUGGAUGAUAGCAGUGGUUCUUCGAGUCUAGUUGUCGACAAAUCCACUUCGUCAGAAGAUACUCUUCACGAUUGGAGUCCAGAUGGGUCGAUGCAGGACAGCUCAGUGGGAUCAGAUAACGACAGGGAGACCGAGACGGCGAGUAAGGGCAAUAUAGGGGUAUCUAUCACAAUGUAUGACAGCCCAAGUGGAUCAUUCCACGAUGUGCAAGAAGCAACUGACCCCGAAGGCUCGCAAUCAUUAACACUAGCACAAAGUGCCGAGGAAGACGAAGAGGUCAAGCCAAGGUACCUGGAUUUAUCGGUCGAGGAGACCAUUGUCAGGCAGAAACCGGAGGAAUCCCAUGAAUUUGACUGUGAAAUGGAAGACAUGAGUGAGUACCUUUUUGACGUUGAAGCAGUGAAGGAAGUUUUACGGAAACCGACUGAAGAUGAAGUCUCCAUGUGCUCGGCGUUCUCCUUCUCGUCAUUUGACGACGAGGUGUCCAGACUGGUAUCCGACAUCGAGGCUCCAUCCGGUCAGACGGAGUUCCCGCAGCGCCCACUAGCACGUGACCGUCACGUGAUCGCCAUCCGCGUCUAUAAGCCAAUGGGAUCAAAGGACGUAAUGCUGUCUGUGGGAACUCUAGACCAGGACACAGGACAUUUGUCUCGCACUGGAGAAGUAUGGGAGCUUGGCCAAUCAGAAGAAAUGGAGAUGCUUUUGUCUGUAGACUCCUCUGCUCACCAGUCUUUCUCACAUUACACCGGCCGCUAUAGCCUGGCACUCUCCGGGUGCAAAUACUGCUGCAGCGACUGCGUCCCAGAGAAUAUACCGGGUAUUCACAUCAGCCCAUCCAUACUUGGUGAUGAUGACGAUGGCUACAAGGAAGAAGACGGCGAGGACGACGAUGCAGAUGAUGACGAGUUGGAUACUUUCCGAGCAGAGGUUGCUAAUACUUCAAGCAAUGAGAAUGCCCUCAUGGAACAAGUGACAAGGCUACUGGAAAACGACGUCAUCGCAACCCCUCCCCAUCCCCCUGCGUCAACCAAGAGCCCCCUAUGUGAACUGUCUAUUACUGAUGCCACUCAUUAUACAUCAAUGUCCGACCUGGGCAUAACGAGCUCACUUGGCGAAGAGAAAGACCCCCUUGAAGUCAGAAAGAUGUUUCUGGCCGCCGCCUCGCUGCCUGUUAUUGGUUUUCUUGUUUAUAAAGUUUUUGAUAAGUAACCUGACUCGAAGAAUACCAAUUUUAUUAUACUUGAUUUUUUUAAUUGGUGAUCUUUUGGGUACGUUUGCCUGAGUUUUUUUUAUUGAUGCAGUGUUUUAUUUAUUAAUUAAAUACAAGAGACUUGCAAAUAUAA